UAUAUAUAUUUGCAUUUUGAUAUGAAUUUUAAAAUGAAAGAGCUUUUAGUGCUUGCAUUCGCCUAUGUGCCUUUUUGUGCUGGCACAAUACGUCCAAGCGAUGCGUUGACGGUAAUGGCGGGUGAAGGUUUCACAGUAUAUUUAGAGUUGCCAAAGAUGUUUGGUGCAGUAGAGAAUUGUUGGUAUAAAUUUGAAGGUGAUGCGAAAGUUAAUAUCGAUUUAAAAAAUUCCGUUGAAGCCAUUCUAACGACACGUGGCGAAGAAGUGUUGCCCUUUUCCAACCACAGAUGCGGCAUACGUGUAAAUAAAUUAUCCUCCGCAUCAGCUGGAAUGUGGACGUUGGAAGCUGAAAAUGCCUUUGGCGACUACGAACAAGGAGACUUGAAAGUAUCAAUACUUUCUAUGCAGAAGAAAUAUCUAAAUACCAGCGUUCAAUUGGCCAUUGGUGAUGGCACCAUUUCAUGUACUCUACCAGCGUCAGCUAAAACGCAAUGUAAAAUCAUUGAUUACAAUAAUAAAGACGAAGUUUGGAAUUCGUGCAAUAUUUACACGCAUAUUCGGCCGAAUCGAACAUUCGUUUGUUAUACGCACAAUUUGGGCACUAUGACACAAAGUAUUGAGCACAUAACUGUACAAGCUAAGAAUAGUAGCAUGUAUACGACGGCCACUGUAACGGAAGGAGAUGACGAGGUAGUGAUGCGCUGUCAACUCAAUAGCGUGGUACAUGGUUGCCAGGUAGAAAUGCCGGGACGUAAGAAGGAGUUAUACAUUAUGGAGGGAUUGUUUAAUGGACGCUAUUCGGCAUAUGAUACAUUGUAUUCGAAGCAGCGUUGUGCGCUAGCAGUCCCCACGCCUCUAGCUGAGUCAGAGUUGGGUUUGUGGCGUAUUUACAACACUGAAACAACACCUCCAACGGGUUGUCUCUUCUACAUUGGGAAACGAAAAGACCAAAUAAUGGCUGACGAACUAAUUGCUUCAAAUGAGGUAAAGCAAAUACGUGCUUACGAUGUAGAUACUACCAUAGAGCUAUUUACGUGCGAAGUGCCCUUCAUCAUAGACGAUUGCUAUUUGCGCGAUCCAAAUACUACAGUUUACUUUCCGGAUCCCAUACGAUUUGAGCGUACACGCACAUACGGCCAAUGCCACUUCACCAAUAUGCCAGUAAUGGCUGGCAGCUGGGUAUGUGGCGCGCGUGGACAUGACUACGCUAAGGAAGUGUUGCAGAAUUUCGAAGUUGUAGUAAAACCGAAAGCCGGCGAAGUUUUCACUGAAUCGUUGAAGCUGAAACAAGGCAAGGCGGCCGAGCUGAUGUGUCAGAGUGCUUUCGAGGAACCGCUUACACAUUGCGCAUUCAUUGAUCCUGAAGGUCGGGUACAUUUGGUCGGCACAGCUAAUAGCAUUAAGACUGCGGGCCACGUUAAGUACUACGGACGCGGAUUGCUGUGGGGUGAAUGUGGCGCACAGAUAAGUGAAACUAAAAGUGAGGAUUUUGGCACGUGGAAAUGUCAAUUUGUCACCUAUGCCGACAAACGCACAUCGAUAUUUGCAUUGCGGCUGCGUCAAACCGUUAUUCCUGCAUCAUCACUUGGACUUGGCAUUGGUAUAACGAUUAUAAUUGUGCUGCUUUUGGGUUUAUUGAUAGCUACAGUAUUCUACCGACGCCGCAAUCUUACAGCGCAGCAUAGUUUUACUUCAGAAGAUCCAAUAAAUACGGUGUCGAGUAGCUCAUUGGCAAUGACAGCGAUUGAGACUUUGGAGCAGCCAAUUAUCGAGCGAUUGUAAGGAGUGAAUGUGUUAUAGGAAACUCAUUUGUUCUAUUCUAUUUUAUAUGAGUGGCCAUACUUAGUUGAUUUUGAAAUUUAUUGUUAUUCAAUUGUUUAUCCGUUGUGUAUAGGUUUAUGUAUGUAUGUACUAUAUGCACACACAUUGUUUGCAUGGUGUAUUGUGUUCAUGACUUUGGUAUUAAAAUUUAUAAAAUAUGAAGUAAUGGUUUUUGGAAUUAUUUA